AUGCCCGCGCAGGAGCUGCCGGUGGUGUUGGUGGUGGCAGCAGCACUGGUUGCUCUCAUCGCUGCCAGUGGGGCAGAGGUGAAUGAAGGGAAUGGCCUGAGAAAGCCGGUGUGUAGAGAGACAGUGGAGUUGCAGGCCUGCCCCCUCCUGUACUUGCCUGUCUGUGGGACCGAUGGGAACACAUAUACCAAUGAAUGCCAGCUCUGUGUGCAGAAAAUGAAAACCAGGCAAGACAUCCGGAUUUUGAAAUAUGGGGACUGUUGA